AUGAUUUCCUAUGAAGAAGGAAAAAAACGGGUUAAUUUGUCUCUGAAGGUGAAGGAAGCCAUGAAGCUGAACCAAACUCUGAAAUAUGUAAAUGAGCACCAGAAGUGUCUGAUUGGUCGAGACCGAGAGGUCAUUUCCAGCCUAGAGGUCAGACUACUGGAGGCCAAUAAGAGGUUACAAGACAAGCCGUCCGUGUCUACAGAGUCCCAACUAAAACUGGAUGUGGCCCAACUCACACAGAAGCUGGAUGGGAGAAACACGGCGGUGGAAACUCUAGAAAAGGAGGUUGAGGAACUAAAGUCCAGGUGUAAGGAGACUUUGGCAAAACUACAGGAUUCCUACACUCUGAUAGAGCGCCACCUAGCCAACGCAUCGUCUCAUCGUGAUGAGGCAGGGAUCCUUCGAGAGGACAAGGAGGAUCUGGAGAAGAAGUGUGAGGCCCUCAAAGUGGCACUGGACUCUACUCAGAGGGAGCUGGACAUACAGACGUCUCUCCACCGACAGGCUGCGGAACAAUGGAACGUGAAGAGUGCAGAGACAGCUUUGGAGAUAGAGAGGCUGACAGCUGACCUUGCCUUGUCCUCCAAGAACUGUCAACAGCUGGAGGAGCUCAACUCAGACUGGGCCAAACACAACCUGCAGCUGUCCACCAGUCUGCAGGAAGCCAAGGCCAAGCUGGACGUGCCAAAGAGUGACACAGAAGUUCAGACCAUUGUGAGUUUGUUUGAGGUCGAAGACGUAUCGUGUCAGACCUCAGUGGAAGUGGUCACCGUGCCCUCACAGACAGAAACCCAAAUCACUCAUCCCGCCCACACCCAGACCUUCAGUCCAGCCCUCACCACUAACCACACUCAGACUACCUACACAUCCCAUCAGGUGGCAAGCACCCAGACCAGGGUGGCAGCGGUGGCCAACACAGGUGUCAUGGCAACCACAGACAUGGCUGAUAGGGGGGUCCAGACUUUGCCUGUCAGAGUUUAUCAGGACUUCACAGAUAAACUUAAUGACCCUACAAAGGAUACAGGGGAACAUAGAAAAGAACCAAGUGACCGAAGCAGAGGCAGGAUUAAAAUGCAGAAUGACCCUCAUAUUGACCAGUCAGUAUUGACCACCAACUCUGAUAUCAUGUCCAUUAACAAAGGCAGUGAGAUAGAUGGCAGCCAAGAGGUUGUACAAUAUACCUCUAGAGAUCAUAUUGAAGACGAAAGAGUUGAUAGCAGUAGAGAUAACACUGUAGAUAAUGAUUUAAACCAAGAGAGACAGGACAUCACAUCUACCCCAGAAAGAGAAACAUCUACCCUUGAUGCUUCUAUAACACUUGUACAGGACAUAUCAGAAGAUGGGCAAUAUGGUUCCCUUCUUGUAGAUGCUGAUUUGAAUGAAAAUCUUGCUGAAGAAGUUACGAAAAAUUCAUCAUUAACCUCAAGGGUAUCCAGACCACCCAAGGAAGAUGAACAUGCUCACAGUAAUGUUGAUGGUUCACAAGCUUCAUCAAGUUCCAGGUAUAGACCCCAAUUGCUUACAUUGGAAGAAAGAUUGAAGGGAAAUUUUCCACAGGAAUCUGUAAAAAUGGCAGCUGUGGAUGUAACCCCUUCUGAAAAGCCAGAGGUAUUUGAUGAAAUAAUAGAAAUAAAUUCACCAGAAAGUCCAGAUAAUCCUGAUAUUGUGUCAACAGAGACAAAUGGAGAUUCAGACAGUACAGUGCAGGACAAUGUUGUCCUAGAAAAUCCAAGUAACUCCACUCUCAUUUCAUCUUACAGAGGAUUUGGCCAGCAGGCCAAGGAAGCGCAAGGCAAAGAAUCAGAAGGGUGCAUUCAAGAUAGUCCAAGGUAUUCUCCAUUGUCUUUGUCUCUGAGGAAGCCUAGGACACAAGCCAAGAGGUCAUCGAUAGGAGAUCUGGGUCCUGUAGAAGAGAGUUCAAUGAGUGCAAAGAAGCAGCAAAGAAACCGAGGGAAGUUUACGUUGAGUUCUGACAAGUCUGGAUUGCUGUUUGAAGGGAAGACAUUGCUCAGUGCAUACAUAGCUUCCAGGAGUUCCACUGGUGUGGCAACUAAACAGACUUCACCGGAAAAUGUUACGGACAAAAGACAAGCCACAUCAAGGGGUGUAGCUGCUGGAAGACAGACAGGACAAAAGAGUUUAACAGAUGCAAGACAGACAAGGUACAGUCAUGUUGCAGAAACCAGAGAAACCUGCAUGGAUACAGACAAACCAGGACAGACAAGGUCGUCGGGUAGGAUGACUGGUGCUGAUAAAAUGGAGAGCAAAAAGACACCUUCGAGUUAUGUUACAUACCCCGGACAGACUGAUACGUCUGGGAUUGGGAUGACUGAAGAGUCCGGCAAGUUGAGCCCUUAUAGUCGGUAUUCUGCCAUGUUUAGGGCCAGAGUAGUGCAGACUGAAUCAGUAAAGCCAUCUAAGGCGUCAUCACAAGAGGGAAACAUGCAGAAUGAAGGACAGACAGAGACUGAACAGACAGACCCAGGAAAAAGUUGUGAAUAUGUUCGUGGAAUUCUUAAAGGUGUCCGUGAGAGAAGGAUCAAUACAAAAAGUGUGAGUUUCGUUGAGGGACCUCCACAGACCCAGAUUAUACAGGAGUGUUCUGGGGACCAGUCGUUAUUUUCUGAUAGUGAGGAAGAUGCCAUCUGUGAAGAUAACGAUCGUUUUGUGAGUUUGGAGGAGUUUCAGACCAGUGAAGACUCCAGCGAAGCAAAGAGGCGGAAACUGGAAUGAAACUUGAUGAACUUAAUUUUCUUUUAGGCAAAUCAGAGAGUUGCCAUCUAAAAGCAUAAAAAUGUCAGACUGGAAUGAUAGUUGGUGAAGUUAAUUUUCCUUAAGGCCGAUCAGAGAGUAGUCAUCUAAGAGCAUACAAAUGUCAGACUGGAAUGAUAGUUGAUGAAGUUGAUUUUCCUUAAUGCCGAUCAGAGAGUAGUCAUCUAAGAGCAUACGAAUGUCAGACUGGAAUGAUAGUUGAUGAAGUUAAUUUCCCUUAAGGCAAAUCAGAGAGUUGUCAUCUAGGAGCAAAAGAAUGUCAGACUAAAAAAGUCCCUUUUUGUUGUAGAAUCUGAUUUCAGAUUACUGUCUAUGUAAAAUAAGAUUUUAGUAUGUUGAUUGCAAACCUAUGUUUUCAUCAAAGCAAUAACUCAUCAAAGGUGGAUGGUUAUCUUUCUGACAAGAAAGAAUGAAACAACCGUACUGAACUGGCUGGAGUGUUGCUGUAAAAUUGAUGUCUUGUUAGAAAUACGAGUCAUUAAUCUUCCGGGUACGAUGAAUUGUUUCGAGUGUUUAUUUAUUGU